UCAGUUUCAUUAGCAGUCAGACGGAAUGGCUGCUGUACGCACGAGUCUCUCAACAGCGGCGGUGGCCUCGCAUGCUCAGAGCGCGUAACGGAGAGAGCAGAGUAGCUGGAACAUGAGGAGAGCACUUUUAACAGGGAUAAGGAGAAACUACGCAUUGUGAGCGAACUGGAUUUUUAUGGGUUUUUCCCCAUUUGCCCUGAUAUGCAUUUUUACUAAUCAUGCAACAUGAAUGUAACUAACAGCACUGGAGCGGACGGACCUGCGCCCUGGAACUUUACUGGUUCACUUAGUAACUUGUCAAGUGAUGAUAAUGUCAGCUGUGACAAAAUCAGCACCAAUGGGUCGUGUACAGUUGCUGAGGUCACUGGGAGCCCAUACAAGACAGUGGAAAUGGUCUUCAUUGCCUUGGUUACUGGAUCAAUCAGCUUUGUCACUGUGGUGGGCAACAUCCUAGUAAUGCUGUCUAUCAAAGUCAACCGGCACCUCCAAACCGUCAACAAUUACUUUUUGUUCAGCUUGGCAUGUGCAGACCUCAUCAUUGGUGUGUUCUCAAUGAAUCUCUACACUGUAUAUAUACUGAAGGGCUACUGGCCGCUUGGCCCAGUGGUGUGUGAUCUUUGGUUGGCUCUGGAUUAUGUUGUCAGUAAUGCGUCUGUCAUGAAUCUGCUGAUAAUCAGCUUUGAUCGCUAUUUUUGUGUAACCAAACCACUAACUUACCCAACACGUCGCACAACCAAGAUGGCUGGUCUGAUGAUUGCCUCAGCCUGGAUCCUCUCCUUUAUUCUGUGGGCUCCUGCAAUUCUCUUCUGGCAGUUUAUUGUAGGGGAACGCACUGUAGAACCAGGAGCAUGCUAUAUCCAGUUUCUUUCUAACCCUGUGGUCACAUUUGGCACAGCAAUUGCUGCAUUCUAUCUUCCAGUGGUCAUAAUGACAGUGCUGUACAUUCACAUCUCCUUAGCUAGCCGUAGCCGUGUGUCAAAGCAGAAGCCAGAAGCUAAGAAAGAGAAAAAAGGUUUGAGGUCUGCUGGACUGCUGAGGAGGCACAUACUAAGGCAGAACAACAAUAAUCAGACUCCUCCUAAGCCCAGCCUUGAUUCAUGCAGCACAGCUGAUACCAUGAAAAAUGGACAACUUGAUGAGACCAUGGUCCCAAUUAAAGCUGAUGGCAACAUGCAGCAUGAGGAGAAGGAGAGCUCAAAUGAUUCCAGUACGGCUAGCAUUGCACCCAAAGAAUCCAAGGAAAGAGCCAACAAUGCAAGUGCCUCCCAAAAAGGCUUGACAUCUGGUUCUGCCCAGGUACCCAAACUCAACCCAGUCUCUAAAUGGUCCAAGAUCAAGAUUGUCACCAAACAGACAGGAGAUGAGUGCAUCACUGCUAUUGAAAUAAUUCCCCCAGAAAGUGGCACAGAGGGCCGCUCUAUCCCAAUCAACCGGCCCCGCACAGUGGUACGCAAGUUUGCCAGCAUUGCCCGCAGCCAGGUGAAAAGAAAAAGACAAAUGGCAGCCCGUGAGAAGAAAGUGACAAAGACAAUCUUUGCCAUCCUUCUGGCCUUCAUCAUUACAUGGACCCCAUAUAAUGUGAUGGUCCUUAUCAGCACAUUCUGUCAGUCCUGUGUGCCAGACACAGUCUGGGCCAUUGGCUACUGGCUUUGCUAUGUGAACAGCACCAUAAACCCUGCCUGCUAUGCUUUGUGCAAUGCUACCUUUAAAAAGACCUUCAAGAACCUCCUUAUGUGCCAGUACAAAAAUAUUGGAACCAGGUGAACUGGAUGCUCCACACUGGAUUCUGAUGGAUAAUUGGGUUGUCCCCAGUAUUUUAGGCCAGUGUCUCUAAUGCAUUAAAAUCUGGAAUGUAUUAUGUAUUAUUUUGUGUAAGGCUUUAAUGCUUAGUACAUUGUGCAGAUUCAAUCCAGAUCUUUAAACAAACAAACAAAUAAAUAUAUGAAGACAAAACAAAAGGCUGCUUCUACAUUUGGUUGUAUUAACAUCUGAUCAGGGGAACUCAUCUGCUGCUGGUAAAUAUACUUGUAUAUAAUGUUGCUCUGCUUAUAUCUACUGCCAAGUUCAUCACCAAAUCAUACGAUUUGCAUUAGUUGAGUGACAGGACUGAAAAAGUUCAUUGGUGCGGAAUAAUAAGAUCAUCCAAAACAAGCACAUCAUUUUUUUAAAAAAAAAAAAACAACUUAAAUGUAACCCUGAAUAAUAUUGAUGAACUGUGAAUUCCCAAGAAUUGCUUUUCCCAAAUAGAACCCAACCGUUGUGGUGAAGAACUGUCCAUAUAUAAACAAGCAUGUAUGUAUGUAUGUAUGAUAUAAGUCUGUGGCAUUUUUAAUGGUUAGGGUAUGUAUAUAAUAUAUAACAUGCUUAUAAAUACUCCUACAAAGUAAGGUUUCUUGCAUUUUGUAUGUACUGUGUUUGUACUCUUGUAUUUAAUUAGUAAUUUACAUUUAAUUUCACUAUGUAUGAAAUAUAUUGCUGUCUAUAACCAAAUGUAUCAGAGUUUCACCUAUAUUAUCAUACAGGUAGAGUUCAGGGGAAUAUUUACUGUAUAGCAGGGUGCUGCAAAUAUCUAUUGAAAAGUUUCUCCUGCCUUGUGAGAACACAGCCAGCCUGAUUGUGCCAUUUAAAACCCAACAAAUUGCUGUAUAUUUGUAUUUUCUGAAAGUAAAAACAAUUCACAUUUAUACACAUAUAAAAUAUUGUUGUUCUGGCCAAAGUACAUAAACCUUAGUUAAAACCUACUAACAUGCCGGUUCGCACUACUGAACUAUAUCAUCUAGUGAGCUAACCUAUUUUAAUCUAGCUCGAAAAGGUUUGGGUGGUGGCAUUCCUUGUCUCAUAUUAGUUUUCUUCUAGCAAUAUUAUUAUUAUUUAAUUAAGCUGCCUAUUAGAAGCCUUUGGAAAAAUAUUUAGCCUUAUUACCAGCUUUAGAAGCUAAACACGUUCACAAUUGGUAUUUAAAACAGAUACACAAAUUAACAAACUAUUAUUAAAGCACAAGUUAGAAAAUGUCUCCUGGAUCAUCCGGACAGAAUCCUUGCUUUCCUCCACGUAAGCACUGAUGCCACAGAUCCUCUUUAAUGCUCACUGAACCACCCUGUUUUUUCUGUUUUAAAUAUUACAUGUAAGAAUUAGUACAUCACAGCUAUAUAAUUAAUAAAUACAGUAACUAAUAAGGUACAGGACAGAAAAUUAUUUACAGCUAACUGCUGUUCAAAUGCUUUAGAUUAGAAAGCUGAAAAAUAAAACCAUUAAUUUGGCUGAAUCUCUGGAUUAUUACAGCAGUCCUGCUCUUUUAAGGCACUGCAUUCUUGCAAUUAACAUUCAUGGCACCUCUUUCUAGUGAUAUGUUUGUUAUUUAUCUCUCUAGUUUGUUAGGGUCAUUAAUGGUUUACUUAGAUGCAAAUGGAACAUUGUGGUCUCUAUAAUGCUGGAUAAAUAAAAAUGAGAAAGAUUUGA